CUAUGUAUUAAUAUCCUAUUCUUUCAGCUUCCAAAUUCCAACGAACGAACCCUAGUUUCGAAACCAUGCCGUCCGCUCUAGCUUUCAGUUCUUCUAUCCGUAAUUGGAUUUUGCCUUCUCUUCCUGUGAGUUCCGAGUUCAAGUGCUCUGCUCGGCUCCGUGUUCAUGUGUCGGCGACUGGGAAUCGUUCGGUUUUGCCUUCGGAUACGGUCGGAACCGAUGGUCCUGCUCCUUUGUCAAAGGAGGAUGGGAGGAUUGGGUCUGGAGCUAGCGAUGGAGGCAAUGGUCGAGUGGGUUCUAACCUUGAAAGGAAGAGGUUGGUGAAGGAUACGGUUUCCGAGGAGCUGGAAGUGUUGUGGGAUGAUGGGUUUGGGGAAGAGACUGUGAAGGAUUAUUUGGACAUAUCAAAGGAGAUGAUUAAGCCCGACGGCGGCCCUCCUCGCUGGUUUUGCCCUGUUGCAUGUGGGCCUCCUAUAAAAGAAUCUCCCCUUCUUCUGUUUUUGCCUGGAAUGGAUGGGGUCGGGUUGGGGCUCCUUUUGCAUCAUAAGCCCCUUGGGAGGGUUUUUGAAGUUAGAUGCAUGCACAUUCCUGUUUAUGAUCGGACACCAUUUGAAGGGCUAGUGAAAUUUGUUGAAAACAUCUUGGUACUUGAGCAUACAUUUUCUCCAAAUAAGCCAAUUUAUUUAGUUGGUGAUUCUUUGGGAGGAUGCUUAGCUCUUGCAGUUGCUGCUCGUAACCCUACUAUCGAUCUAGUGUUGGUUUUAGUCAAUCCAGCAACAUCAUUUGGCAAGUCCCAGCUUCAACCUUUGCUCCCCGUCUUGAAGGCUUUGCCGGAUGAACUUCACAUCACUGUACCUUAUCUACUUAGCUUCAUUAUGGGUGAUCCCAUGAAGAUGGCACUAGUCAAUGUGGAAUACGGGCUUCCUCCUGCACAAAAACUUGAACACUUGUCCAGAAACCUUACUUCUUUAUUACCACGGCUGUCCGGUUUGGCUGAUAUCAUACCAAAGGAAACUCUUCUCUGGAAACUGAAGCUGCUAAAAACAGGAGCUGCUUAUGCUAAUUCUCGUCUUCAUGCCGUCAAAUCUGACGUACUUGUGCUUGCCAGUGGCAAGGAUAACAUGCUACCCAGUGGAGCUGAAGCUCAACGGCUUUCAACCUCAUUACAAAAUUGCAAAAUUCGUUACUUCAAGGACAAUGGUCAUACCCUUUUAUUGGAAGAUGGCAUUAAUCUUUUAACAAUCAUUAAAGCUACAAAUAUGUACAGGCGCUCAAGGCGACAUGAUUACGUCUCUGAGUUCAUUCCACCUUCAAUGACAGAAUUCAAAGAAGCUUUUGAUGAAAUGAAUGGAUUUUUUCGACUAGCUACUAGCCCCGUAAUAUUUUCAACUCUUAAAGAUGGAAAGAUAGUGAGGAGUCUUUCUGGGAUUCCCAAUGAAGGUCCUGUUCUACUUGUUGGUUAUCACAUGUUGUUGGGUCUUGAACUUUCCGGACUUGUUGAAGCAUUCUUGAGGGAGAAGAAAGUUAUGGUUCGUGGAAUCGCACACCCAUUGAUGUUCUCAGACACCCUUGAAAGUUCUUUACCAGAAUUCUCUAGGAUUGAUCUGCUGAAAAUAUUUGGUGCAUCACCUGUCUCCGCAAGCAACCUUUUUAAGCUGCUGUCGACGAAAUCAUAUGUUCUUCUUUAUCCUGGUGGAGCACGUGAGGCUCUUCAUCGCAAGGGUGAAGAAUAUAAAUUGUUUUGGCCUGAGCAACCUGAAUUUGUGAGAAUGGCAGCUCGAUUUGGGGCCACAAUUGUACCAUUUGGAGUUAUUGGAGAAGAUGAUGUUGGGCAGUUGGUUCUUGAUUACAAUGAUCUAAUUAACAUCCCCUUUGUUGGAGACUGGAUAAAGGACCUAAAUCAAAAGUCUGUAAAAUUGAGGACUGAUGCAAUAGGCGAGGUUGCAAAUGAGGAGCUUUACUACCCUGGGAUUUUGCCCAAGUUGCCUGGCCGUUUCUACUACCUUUUUGGGAAACCAAUUGAGACAAAAGGAAGAAUGGAUGUGCUGAAAGAGAGAGAGAAUGCAAAUGUAUUGUACUUGCAGGUAAGAUCUGAAAUUGAAAGCAUGAUUUCCUAUCUGAUAAAGAAACGAGAGGAGGAUCCGUAUAGGGGUUUAAUAGAAAGAACUGUGUACCGGGCUAUUUCGGCCCCUGUAGAUGAGAUCCCCACCUUUGGCCCAUGAACAAGUAGUACAAGAUGUUGCUAUGGAAAUAGGGGGG